GAUAGGGCCGAUCGGACCAUCCCUGCAGCGAGGCAUUGCUCCCUCUCCUCCGCUCCUCGACUAGCGGCGAGCGCGUUGGGGAUGCGGCCGACUCGACGCCGGCCUUGGGCUCCUUGUAUAGAUCCGCCGCGCCCUGCGGGAGUCGGGUUUGGGUACGGACCCAAAAAAGAGCUCUUUGUUGCCUAUUCCUCUGUACCCAAGUCGGGUCGGACUCGGAAGCACCGCACCUGUUUCGGAAAGGAACGGAAACUUGCGCCGCGCCGCGCCGCGCCGCCGCCUCAGCUAAUGGCACCGGCGUUCUCGGCACACGUCCCCGCGCUCCGACGCGCAGCGCUGCACGCGCGGUGUGCCCCGGCGGCGCUGUUCUCAUCGGGGUUCGUCGCCAGCGACAAGCCCAUCCUGGUGCGCGACUUCGUUAGGUCGGCGCUGUACGACCCCAACCAUGGUUAUUUCUCCAAACGGGCGGCGCCGGUGGGCGUGCUCGACGCCAGCAUCCGCUUCAACCAGCUCGAGGGGAGGAGUGCGUAUAUGCAUCAUCUUGAUAAGCUGUAUAAGAAGCAUGACAUCGCUUGGUUUACUCCUGUGGAGCUCUUUAAGCCAUGGUAUGCCUAUGCAAUAGCAGCAUCAAUUCUGCGUACAGCAAAUCUUUCGGUCCCAUUGAAGAUAUAUGAGAUUGGUGGUGGUUCUGGGACAUGUGCAAAGUGCAUACUUGAUUACAUGAUGCUGAAUGCCCCGCCAAAAGUCUACAAUGAUAUGAAAUACAUCUCAGUAGAGAUUAGCUCCUCUCUUGCCGAGAAGCAAUUGAAAACUGUCGGUGAAGUUCGAAGCCACUUGUCGAAGUUUAUGGUGGAGCACCGUGAUGCAACUAACAGAUCUGGAUGGGGCCGCAGGGAUCCUCGUCCAUGUUGGGUGCUAAUGCUAGAGGUACUUGACAAUCUACCACAUGACCUUGUCUAUUCACCAGAUCAGGUCUCUCCAUGGAUGGAAGUGUGGAUUGAAAAAGUAAAUGGCAGUUCACAAGUCUCUGAGGUCUACAAACCACUAAAAGACCCAUUAAUGUCCCGCUGUGUUGAAAUUAUUGGCAUGAAUGAAGAGAAGAUGUCUGUCAGUGAAAAAUUAUCAUUUGCUGCAAAAGGAAUUUUGUCAAAAGUAUUCCCAAAGCCUCGGAGAGCUUGGUUACCAACCGGAUGCUUGCAACUAAUGGAUACUUUACAUCAAGCUUUACCAAGCAUGUCCCUUAUUGCUUCAGACUUCAGCUAUCUUCCAGAUGUUAGCAUACCUGGUGACAGAGCUCCAUUGGUUUCGUCAAAGAAGGAUGGGAAAACAUCAGAUCACCGCAACUACCUUGAUGCUCAGGGUGAUGCUGAUAUCUUCUUCCCAACCGAUUUUCUGCUUUUGGAGCAGAUUGACCAUAACUCCUCUGGUUUCUCAAAAGAGCAGCAGAACCCUGGUGCAUUUAAACCAGUGAAGAAGAGGAGGACGAUCAUACUUGAUACUGCAGCCUUCAUGGAAGAGUUUGGCCUGCCAUUGAAGACGAGGACCAAAGAUGGAUAUAAUCCACUUCUUGACGAUUUCAAGAACACAAAGUUCUAUCUGAGCGUUCCGACCCACAACAGGAAGUAAUCAUCUUUUGUUGCUGCUUCUGUUAGCUGGUCAAGACAAGACACUAGCACACUAAAAAUUAGACAUGCCUAGUUAAAUACUCCACUACUCAGUAAACGAGUAGUCGAGUUUGGAGCCUCGUUGAGCGUCAUGGAACCUUACUAUCCAAAGGCCUUAUUUCUUUAAAAUCUCAAGUUUUUUUUUUUGUAAUUUUGGUGAUAUUUAAAAGAUAGAACAGUGAAUAAUAUCGUGAUGUACUCAAUUAAAAACCGUGCGUCAAAGUCGUUUUUUACACCACUCUA